ACCAUCCUUUCAGAUCCCAGUUUGAAAAGGUUCAUGAACGAGACGGAGGGCGGAUAAGUCAGGGAUUUAAACCAAAAUUCAUGGUUUAGUGGCUUUAUUUCAGAUAAAAUGGCAGAUCCCAAACUGGAGCCCAUCGUGAAGCGCAUCCGCCACCUGAGUUCCCUUGUGAGCACUUCAGGCCUGGAUGGCGGCAAGGGCUCGGGAUUUGUCACGCCACAGCUGGUUGGGCAUGAGGGCUUGCUGGAUGCUCUCUUUGUCCUCUAUGAUGAGUGCAAUAAUGAUCAGAUGAAGAAAGAUGUAAACGUGUGCGCGUUCAUUGACAAGUAUAGGAGCACAGUACAUGACUUACGUAAAUUACGUGUGAACUUGAAUGACUUUGAGCAGAAGAAAGUGAUUGGAAAAGGCCAUUUUGGUGUUGUUCAGGUAGUUAGAGAAAAAGCAACAGGAAAUGUUUUUGCUCUCAAAAGCCUUCGCAAAUUAGACACCUUAUCACAACAACAUGUUGCUUUUUAUGAGGAAGAGAGGGAUAUCAUGGCAAAGGCUACCUCAACCUGGAUCACAACAUUACAGUAUGCAUUCCAGGAUGACCAGCAGCUUUACUUGGUGAUGGAAUUCCAUCCUGGUGGAGAUUUGCUGUCUUUGCUGGAUCGGUACGAUGGCACGUUCUCGGAGGACAUGGCACGCUUUUAUUUGGCAGAAAUCACCCUGGCUAUACAUGACUUACACUCCAUGGGUUAUGUGCAUAGAGAUAUAAAGCCUGACAACAUACUGAUAGAUAGAUGUGGUCAUAUCAAGUUAGCUGACUUUGGCUCUGCAGCAAAACUCACAUCAUCAGGUGUUGUCAGAAGUAAAAUGCCCGUUGGAACUCCUGACUACAUAGCUCCAGAGGUCCUGCAGUCUCUUAACGAGAAAGCUUCCAGUGUGUCUUACGGGGUGGAAUGUGACUUGUGGUCCCUUGGAAUAAUGGCUUAUGAAAUGUGCUUUGGUGAUACACCCUUCAAGGGGGAAAAAGUAGUUGAUACCUACAGUAACAUCAUGAACUAUAAGAAAACACUCAAAUUUGAUGAUGAAGAACAUGUAGUCAGUGAGGCGGCGAAGGACCUAAUACGUGGCUUGCUUGAAGAGGCCACCCAUCGCCUGAAUCACUCGGCAAUCGUUCAGCACAAAUUUUUCCUUUUGGUGAACUGGAAUAAUCUGCAAAACUGUGCCCCACCAUUCGUCCCCAUUGUGAACAGUGUAGAUGACACAAGCAACUUUGAGGAAUUUGAGAAUGAGAGGAGGCUGCCCAGUGUUGAUGCUUUCCGUACCCGACAGGGCUUCUCGGGCCGGAACUUGCCUUUUGUGGGUUUCACUUACAAUAGGGGCAAGGCCAGUGUGGAGGGGCCCAAUCCUACUCCUGGUGUUAGAACAAAUUCCAUUGGUUCAUCAAUUGUCAAUGUCUCCUUCCUUGAUGAAACCUUCAGGGACUCAUCUCAGCGUGAUGACCAACUAAAGUCCCUGAAAAAGGAAAAUCAUGAACUUAAACUGGAGGUUGAGCAACUGAAGGACAAGGAACAUGGAAGGGAGGUCCAAGCUAGAGACAGGAAGCUGAAGGAGGCUGAGUGCAAGAUUGAAUAUUUGGAGAAGGAGCGGCAGCGCUUGGAGGAGGAUAAUGUUCGCAACGAGAGAGCUAAAGCUACGUAUAAAAGAGACCUUGCUUUAGAAAGAUCUAACCGAGUUCAGACUGAGACACAGACCAUUGAACUCGUCAGAGGAAUGAAGAACAAGUGGAAGCAGGAGGAAGCCAAGAAGAUUGAGGUUUUAUCUAGCAAGAUUGCUGCAUAUGAGGAAGAAAUUGCAUUCCAGCAGUCACAACACAAGGAAGUAGUGAAUGCACUGGCUGAGAGGGAGAAGGAGUUCAAAGUAUUUGCAACUGAGAUUCAGAGGCUGAAGAAGCAACUCCAUGCAAAGGAGAAGAUGGAAAUCUCCUUCCAAAAGGAGAAGGCUGAGAUGGUGUGCCACGGAGACUGUUCACCAGCUCAAGAGGCAAAGCAGAAGCUGGAGGAACUCGUCCAAAAGCUGGAGAAGGAGAAGGAAAAGAGAGAGAAGAUCACCACAAAACUGGAGGAAGCAGCAUCGCUGAGGAAUGAACUGGAGAAGGAGCUCCACCAGAAGGCUCAUGUGGAGGAUGAAAGCAAGCUGAUGGAGAACCAGAUGGAGGAACUCAGCCAGAAGCUAGCUGAGACUGAGAGGGCCUUGGAGGCAGCGGAGGACAGGAUGAAGCACUUUGAGCAGCAGAAUCAUGCUACAAAGAAGCAGCGAAUUGAAGAGCUGGAAGGCCAACUUACCCAAGAAAAGAAGGAAUGUUCAGUGCUGCGGAACCAGUUGCAGGAAUUAACAGGCCGUUUGAAUGAGUCACGUGCUAGUUACGAGAGCCUGGAUUCUACUCGCAGUCUGAGGGAAGAGGAGCAGGAGGCAAAGAUUAAGGAAUUGGAACAAGAGUUGAAACUAGCAACUUCAGGCAAAUUAAACCUCCAAAACCAACUUGCAGUUGUAAGGGCAAGAGAAGGAGAGCAUAAGAGCAAGAUAUCAGACCUUGAGUUGCUGCUCUCCAAGCUUGACGAUACUGUACGCAGCCUGGAAAAUAAAAAGUCCUCCACAGAAGCAUGUGCAGAGACAUUCCAGACUAAACUGCAGCUCCUUGAGGCUCAGCUGGAGUCGGCCAAGGCUGCUAGCGAACAGGACAAGGAGAAGGCCAAGAAGUUAUCUGAAGAUCUAAGAGUGGCUAAGGCAGAGCUGUCAGACUGCAAAUUGGACUUGCGUGUAGCCCAGAGAGACUCCAAGUCAUCCCAAGACACUAUCUUGUACUUGAGGGAAAGAAGCCGAGAACAGCGAACGCAGCUUGAGGAGAAAGAGACUGCUGUACAGAAGGUCAAAGAACUGGAGGAAGAGCUCCGGAAGAGCAUGGAGAAGCAAGAUGAGGAGAUCCAGAAGCAAGAGGCUCAUUUUGAGAAAGAGAGGGCAGCUCACAAGAAAGCAGUUGCUACCCUGGAAGAGAGGAUCAAGAAUCUCCAGGAGGCCAACAAAGGCUCAGAAGAGUUGCAGAAGAAACUGCGUGAUGCCUACCAGCAAGCAGAUGGUCUCAAGCUUGAGAAACGAGGACUGGAAACUCAGAUCAAGAUGGUUGAAUCUGCACGAGAAGAAAUCAAACAAGAGAAGCAGAACAUGAGAAGUGAAGCUGAUGAUUUGAGGAAGAAACUUCAAGACUCAGAAGCAACAAUAGCUCAGCUGAAGGAACUGUGCUCCAUGCAAGAUGAAGAACUGACAGUGAUGGAGACCCUCUCUGAACAAAUUAAAACUCACCAGGAAGAGAAGGACAAACUCAAGAAGGACCUUGAGAAACUCCAAGCUGACCUAAGAACGGCACGGUCCGCUGUCAAUGAGGAAAAGUCAUUGAAGUUGUUCCAGGAGAGGAAGGUGAAGGACAUGGAGAGUCAGCUGAAUUGUCGAGAUGAGGAGAGUGACCAGCAGGUGGCACGACUCAAUGAACAACUGCAAGAGUCUAACAAGUCCAACUUGGAAUUGCAUGAACAGAUUGAGAGUCUGGAGAAGGAACUCAAGGAGGCGACUCUCCUGGUUCGCAACAUGGAGCGUGAGUUCACAUCUCUUCAAGGCCAGCGUGACUUGAUGCAGCAGGAGAUUGAUGGUCACAUUCACCACAUCCACACCCUAAAGGAUUCCAACUUCAAGCUGACAGAAGCACUGGAAACUGCAGUGUCCAAGGGAGAGACAUUCAAGCAAAAGAUUGAAGAAGUAGAGCGCAUGCUAGCAGACCAGCAACUGAUGUUUGAGGAUGAGAAGAUCAAGAUGAAGAGCACCAUUGAGCAACAGACCAAGCUGAUUGACUUCUUGCAAGCUAAGACUGACAAUUCUAAGAAGAAGAAGAACUUCAAGGAAAAGUUGUUUGGAGGGAAAGACAAAGAGAACACUGGCUUCAGCAUGCCGCACCAAUACAGAGAACUGGAGGACCUGUUGGCACGAGAGCGAAUGAAUGGCAAACAGAUCCAAGAUCAGCUGAUCAAAGCCAGGGCUGAGAUUGUUGCAUUGAGGGCUAACGGUGGCACCCUGGACAACAAGAGUGUCAUGGGCACUCCUCGACCCCCAAGAACCCCCAUGGUGUCACGCACCCCCCUCCAGACGAAGACUCCCCAAAACAAGAGGGCCUUAGAGCACAUAGUGGACUCCCCCAACAUGCAGGAGAGCAGCUCCAAGCAAAGGAUGCGGCACAACAUCCCCCAUAGGUGGCAGUCUGGCCUUCAGAUGAGAGCAAUCCGGUGUGCAGGUUGCCUAGACAGCAUUCCCUUUGCAAGAAAUGCCUCCAAGUGUCAAGAGUGUGGAAUUAUUGCGCACAACAAGUGUUGUAUGGAAUUGCCAUCAACGUGUGGCCUACCUGUCCAAUUUGCAGAACAUUAUGCAAGAGGUUGGAGUUCUGAUUCUCCAGUUAAGUCCCAAGGAUCUCAUUCUUCUCAGAAGUGUGUGAUUCAGGGAUGGUUGAAGAUGCCAAAGUCUGGCAAAGCCUGCUGGGAGAGCCGUUUUGUUAGCCUGGAGCAAGAGGAGAUCCUGAUGUAUGACCAUGAGCCCAGCGCUGGCAUGCAACCUCGCUCUAAAAUUAGCCUAUCACGCCCUGGCUGUAUUACCACUGUUAUGUCUGCUGUGCCGAGGUCUGAGCUACCCAAUACUAGCAGUGUGGAUCUCCCCUAUGUCCUUAAGAUUGAAAUUCGUGCAAGGACUGCUUCUGGUCACUCUGAUACUCUGUAUUUCAUGACCACUAAUUUUGAAGAAAAGCAGUCAUGGGUAUCUGCCUUAGAGGGGGUUUUGGCACAAUUUAACGACAGUACAUCCUGUGCUUAUAUCUUUAGCCCAGAUGAGAGGAUGAACAAGGGUGAGGUGGAGGACAACAGUCUGACAGCAUGCAUCCAGGAGAACACAUUGUUAUCACUGGAUGGUCCUAGUCCUCUGGAUAUCAACAUUAUCGUUUACCUGAACAAAACUACUGCACUGGUUGGAGCAACAGAAGGCCUUUACUCCUUUGAGUUGGACCAGUCUGGGAAACUGCGGUCUCGUGCACGCAUAGAAGGCCUUAGCAGCAUCCACCAGAUCUUGAUGUUAGAGGAAGCUGGGAUGGUCCUCUUUAUCGCUGGCAAAGAGAACCUAGUGUACAUGAUUGACAUGCGGACAGUGGUUGCUGCAGCAGAAGCAGCCCAGCUUUCUAAGCCAAGUUUAAGCAUGCAACGAGUGGAACCGCUUCAGGGUUGCCAUCUAUUGGCCUCAGGUUGCACUACAGCCAAACAGACUUUCAUGUGUGCUGCAGCUUCAGACAGAAUUAGCAUCUUGGUGUGGAAUGAUCUGAAGAAUGAGUUUAGCAUCUGCCGUCAGUACAGCACUCAGGAACCCUGCAGUUGCUUGCACUUCACCAAAGCCUCUCUUAUUGUUGGUGCUGAGAAGUUUUAUGAGAUAGACCUCAAAACAUUUGAUAUUGAAGAAUUUUUGGAUGAGUCAGACACAUCUCUUGCUUAUGCCAUAUAUGGUUCAACCCAGAUGUCUUCAUAUCCAGUUGCCAUUCUGCAGGUGUCAAAGCCAGGAAAGUAUGAGGAAUACCUGUUGUGCUUCUACGAGUUUGCAGUGUUUGUAGAUCCUUGUGGACAGAGGUCUAGAGAGCAUGACAUCAAAUUCACUCGCUUACCCAUUGCCAUUGUCUUCCGCAAUCCCUACCUGUAUAUCAUACACCAGAAUGCAGUAGAGGUUAUUGAGAUCCGGCCAGACUCAUUCACCAAGGUGACCAGUAUUGACUCAGACACAGACAGUGACAUAGGCCCACCCAUCAGGAUGGUUACGAAGAAUAUGGCCAGACCGUCCUAUCUUGGUCCUGCGCUGAAUGCCGAAAGCAUCACCAUUGCCUCUAGGAGUUCCGAGAAGCUGCAGGUCUUGCAGAUAACAGCCAGCUUCCCAGAAGACCUUGACAUGUCCUCCACUUGGGGGACACUGCCAUCGUUUUCCAUGCAGAAGCAGGAACCAGACACUGUAUCAGUGAACUCGGUUAGCAGCAGGGGCAGUGUGACCAGCUCGGAUAGCGACUUUGGCCACUUCAACAAGCGCGUGCAGUUUAUGAGUGCUUCCCAAACCCCCAGCAGUAAAAGAUCAAAGACUGGAUUAUAAGGACUAGAUUUUAAGCUACUUAUCUCCUUGAGUUUUUGCCUGUCUAUGCCACUAGCGAUUAUUUUAUAACAUUUAGUGUCUUAUGGUUCAUGAAUGGGUGUACUAAGAAUGCCUUCCAGUUGAUGAAUGGGUGUUUGGCUUUGCUCUAAUAGUAAAGCUAAGUUUGAAUGUUAGUUUUCGUUAACAUGUUUCAGUCUAUAUAUUUCUGUGUAAAUGAGUCUUGUGUACCCUUUACUCAUUUGAUUUAGAGCUGUCAUAGAAUUUAGACUCCCUGCCCUUCUUACAAUAGAUAUGCUCACAUAUGUUUAAGUAUGUAUAUAUUUAUUAAUCAUCUUGCUUUUUACCUGUCACUAAGCUAGUCAGGGUUAUGAACUGUGAAGCAUUUUUUUUUUUUUUUUUGAACACUCAUUAUCCCAUGGAACAAAAGGAUACAUUUAUAUAGAAGGCACAUGGAUAUCAUAGCAUUUUAGGAACUGCUAAUUCAUCUAAAAGUGGAAAAUUGUAAAAAAAAAUGGUUUAAUCAUGUGAACACUACAUUGAUUUAUGUCUCUUACGGUGAUUUAUUUUGUUUUAUGUUACAUCUGUUGUGCUAGAACCAUAUGGUUGUUCUUUUGAUGUUGAUUAUUAGCAAACAGCUAACUUUUAACUAGAAGAUGGUACUUUUGAUUAUGAAAUUAUUAUUAUUAUUACUUCUUUUGUGUGGGUGUGAGAGAUUUUUUACAUCAGUAUUAUAAUUACAUAAAUUUAUGUGAUGGUGAAAAAACGGUGCUAUUACUUACGCUACUGUAAUAAGUGAUAUUUCCUUCAAAUAUUUUUUUUCUUCGAUAUAUAGGCAUAACCCUACUAGAUUUCCCUAACUUUAGUGCAAUUUAUUGCCUAACUGUAUAUUUGCAUCUUAUUUUAUCUUUUAACUUAUGUAUCUGUACUUUCUUAUCAAAUAUCAACAGAUAAUACAAAAAUUAUAUUUGUAUAUCUUAAAACAUGUAUAUGUAAUUGUUUGGAAUACAUUUUAUGAAUGACA